UCGAACUCUGUGAAAUCAACGAACAUAAUGAAAAUCACAAUAAUAAUAUUGAGAAGAAAUUUAGCAAGUCAACAUGUGAUGUUAAUUAUGAAAAUUAAUGAGGAGAUUACAUUCGAAAUAUUGUUAUUCGAGAUAUGUGGAAGUGAGAAUUCGAGUGCAUUGUGAGAAUUUGAUAUUUUUUCUCUGAAUGCAACUUGCUGUACGUGUAAGAAUGCAUUUGUAUGUCAAGGAUGUGACAAGCGGGAAAAUGCACUAUCUCUCACUCACCCUAAAACAAAGAGAGAGGAACGAAUGAGUAUAUAAGCGGCGGUCAAUGGAUUUGCCAGCUUCACUUGACCACUAGUCACGUUUCACACAUAUCCUCACUAUCAUCAUGGAGUCCACACGAGAGCAGUACAUCCUUCCGGAUACACCACCUCAACAAGAACCAUCAUUCCCAUCUUACUGGGCAGUGCAAGCUGCGCGGAAGAAGAAGAUUCCUUCUACCAGCGCUGCACCCCCUGCUGCUGCUGCUGCUGUCGCAUCUGACCCCGAGGACUCGCCCCUGAAGAGACGUGGAGUCUUCGUGGAGAGGAGGAUGAGCGGCGAUGAGCUCAUUAUACCAGACACACCACCAUCUCAUCUAGGAUGGGCGCCGAAGCGAGUGCCGCUAACAACAAUUACCAGCAACAGACAGCAGGGGAAGAGAAAACUGCAAUUUCUCGAGGAUGAGGACGAAACCAACUUCGUACCCCCAAAGAAACAUAUGUCUGAGAACACCUCCAUGGCUCCGCUACUGGAGGAGGCAUCCGCACGGGAUGAUGAUGAUGAUGAGGACUUCAUCACACUAAUCAAUAAACCUACACCAAAACCGUGGGUACCUCUCCGUGAGCUGGCGGAGGAUGUUCCACAUGGUAUAAUCGCAGUACGGGAGGAAACGAACCAUCACGGUAGAAGAAUUAUUUUAAAAAUUAAUAUUGCAUCUACGAAGAAAAUCUCUGAGGUAUACCUGCCUCAGAGAUUUUCUUCAAUAAUUUCACCUGCUAAAGUUGUAAAAUUCAAUUCUAACUGUAAAAAUUUAGGAAUAGUAGUGAAGCAUAUAACCGCUACAUGGAGCGAUAUUAAGAUUGUUAAAAUUUAACAAUCUUAUUCUCAUAGCAUGUAGUGGUUAUAUGUUUCACAAGUAGUAUAUAAUGUAAAUAUUGUAGUGUUUGAUAAUAAAUUGUAAUAUUGUUUUUAAAAAAUUGUUCUUAAUUCUCACCUGUUUGUUGUGUCAAAGAAGAAGAUGUAGAAUAGUUCACGCAAGAAUAGAUCCACUUGUAACUGAACACUCAAUGAAUGUAGAAUAGUACAGUCAAUGAGUGUUCGCUCACAAGAGAAGCUAUUUUAUAGUUGCUGCUGCUGCGCACACGCGCAUGCCAGUCUUGACCUUGUUGCGAGAUUCUCCUCCUUCUGUUUUGCGCUAUACACUCACUAUAGGUAUAACAAUCUAUUUUUAUCAGUAUGCUUACAACACUUGAAUGGAGAAGUUGUGCAAUGAAGAUAAUCGUAUGGAGAGUUUUAUUUGUUCUUCUCUUUAUAAUAUGUUGUGUGAAUAUGCUA